AUGGCGCGACGACAACACAUAACGCUCCUGCUGGUGGGCGUCAUGUUCUUUUUGACCAUGACGUACUUUGUUUCGAGCAGCGGCGGCGGCGGACGGGACCCCACGAGGAUAUUAUCCGACGAGACAUGGAGGAGCAGCAGCAGCCACAACAGCAACGGUGCUGGUGGUGCCCUUUCGGAGAGCAUUCUAAAGGGUGGAUCUAUUGCGCCCAAGUUGGAGAAUGCGACUGCGAAAGCGGAACUCGGCCGCGCGUCGUGGAAGUUGUUCCACACGAUGAUGGCGCGGUUUCCGGAGGAGCCGACGGCGGAUGAUAGUCUUGCGCUGAGGACGUAUAUACAGUUGUUUGCGAGGUUGUACCCCUGUGGGGACUGUGCUUCGCACUUUCAGAAGCUGCUGGAGAAAUACCCGCCUCAGGUGAGCAGUCGGAAUAAUGCGGCGGGGUGGGCUUGUUUUGUGCAUAAUGAGGUUAAUAGGAGGUUGAGGAAGGAGUUGUUUGAUUGUAAUAAUAUUGGGGAUUUUUAUGAUUGCGGGUGUGGGGAUGAUGGGAAGGGGAAGAAGAAGGAGGGGGAUGGUGGCAAGGAAAGGAGGAGGGGGUAUGAGAUUGAGGUUGGGGAGGGGGUUAGUUUGGAGAGGGAGGAGGGGUUGGUUAGGGGGGGUUGA